GAAGAUUGCAAAAGGUUUACAAAGAAACAAGUUUCAAUUUACUAUCAAACCAAUCGAACGUUUACAACAAUGGCGCCCAUGCCAACACGGCUCCUCCCGGACAUCUUCGUUAUACUCGUACUGCAGUUGCAGAACUACCUUUGGCAAAGAAUUUAAAUCUAAUGGUGGAUAAGGCACUUGAAAAAGAACAUCAUAGUUUAACAAAAUCCAUUGGUGGUUUUGUUGCAUUAAAUUGUAACACCGAUGUGACAAAGGCAAUAUUUAAACAAUAUGCCCGAGCUUCUCGUCAAUGGGUCCACAAUGACAAUGAUUUGGAAAUCGAGAAUGACCGUAUGGUUUACCAGCUGGGAAUUUUAUCUAUUCAAGCUUUAAAAACAACUGAUCAAGGGGUUUAUAUUUGUCGAAUAGAAUAUGAACCAAAACAGUUUAAAAGCGUGGUUUUAUUCACCCUUGUCGUGGAGUCCAAUGAACCCAACACAUUUGUUCAGGAAACAGGUGUCCUUGUGUUACAGUCAAACAGUGCACCUAUUGGUUACAUAUUCCCGACCACUACCAGAACUUGGUGGAUAAAUGAUAAAAUGUUUCGUUCUAACAUAUUGGCAAGUCAGCAACAAGACGACAGAUUCGAGAAAGCUGAUAAAAGUUUUGAAGGCGUCUGGACAUGUAUAGUGUCACGGCAACUGAACGACGGAACAAAGCGACCAUGGAAAACAGCUCGUUAUGUUGUGAAGUUGACACCACCGCCUUCCAAAUCGGAACAACUUCUGACUUACUGCUCCGAACACCCUGUCACUAUAGUCGUAUGUGGCUUAGUGUUCUCGGGAUUCCUUCUCGUCAUCUUCAUCGGCUGUGUAUACCGGGCCGAUCAAGACAAAGCUUUGGCACAGACGGAGAUGGAUUCUAUGAAAGAAAGGUUGAUUUCUGGGAAACCAAGUCGUCAGGACAACAUUAACCCCAAUUAA